GCGAAACACUGCCGAUAUACACAUAUAUAAAGAGGAUAUAACAGUUUAGUUUCUCAUUCAGCAGCGUUUUAGUCACUUGAAUUUUCCUCCGGCUGAAGCAAUAUACAGAUAAGGGCCAAAGUAAUAACUCCUCCCGAGAUUUUCCAUUAAACAUGACAUCGCGUCAGAUGGAAGAGAUGAACUUGUCAGAAAUUUCUUCGAAAUGCCAUAGACACCUGAGAUGUUUAAGAAGUUUUCGGAAUUUGAUACCCGUCGAUUUCAAAGGGGAAAUUGUCCAGCUGUCAAUUCUAGCCUUACCAGUGUUCUUAUCACAGGUUAUGAUGUAUUCAAUAACUUUAGUUAGCACUGGCUUUUGUGGACAUCUUGGGAGAACAGAACUUGAUGCAGUGGCUUUAGCCACAACUGUGAUCAAUGUCUCAGGCAUCACUGUUGGAUUUGGCUUAGCAUCAGCUUGUGACACACUAAUAUCCCAGACCUAUGGCAGUCGUAACCUGAAGCGAAUUGGAGUGAUUGUACAGAGAGCAAUUCUCAUCGUAUUGCUAACAUGUUUCCCAUGCUGGGCUAUUCUCAUUAACACACAGUCUAUAUUACUAGCUUUGGGCCAGAGCCCUGAAGUGGCCAGGUUGGCACAGACAUACGUGAAGAUUUUUAUGCCAGCGCUCCCGGCCUCAUUUAUGUCCACAGUUGCAAGAAGUUAUCUUCAGAAUCAGGGAUGCAUUUGGCCUCAGGUUAUUACAGGUGCUGUCGCUUCUGUUCUCAAUGCACUAAUCAACUAUGUUUUCCUCUUCGUGCUGGAUCUCGGUGUACCUGGAUCUGCAGCGGCAAACUCCAUUUCCCAGUUCUCCAUAAUGGUUCUACUCUUCCUGUACAUUCGUUGGAGAGGUUUACAUAAGGACACAUGGGGAGGCUGGUCCAUGGAAUGUUUACAGGAGUGGGAUUCCUACAUGCAUUUAGCCAUCCCGAGCACGUUAAUGAUCUGUGCAGAUUGGUGGUUGUAUGAGAUUGGAGGGUUUUUGGCAGGUCUGAUCAGUGAUGUUGAAUUGGGAGCUCAGUCGAUUAUCUAUCAGAUUGCUAAUACUGCAUACAUGCUCCCCACAGGGUUUGGCAUAGCGGGCAGCGUGAGAGUUGGCAACGCUUUGGGCGCUGGACAAACUGAACAAGCCAAAAUGUCUGCCAAACUAGCAAUGGCUGGUGCAAUUUCCGUGGCGACUUGUUCGUCAAUUGCAUUGGGCUCUACAAAAGAUGUAAUUGCAUAUGUCUUCUCUAAUGACGAGCAAAUUACACAAAGAGUUGCCAAGGUGAUGGUCCUCUAUGCCCCUUUCCAUCUCUUUGAUGGAAUAUCGGGUGCUACUGUUAAUAUAGUGAGAGGGUUAGGAAAACAGAAGAUUGGGGCUAUUUUGACCUUGACGGGGUUCUAUGGAUUCGGACUUCCUGUUGGGGUGACCCUGAUGUUUGCUGCAAAGCUGGGAAUUGUUGGGCUGUGGACCAGUCUCUUAAUUUCUGUGAUCCUUCUGUCAGUUUUCAUGAGCACUCUCCUCAUCAAACUGAACUGGGAGAAAGCCACAGCAGAGGCGCGGGUUAGAGCUGGACUUCAGACCAGUGAGACAGAAAUGGACGGAGUCAAGCAAGUAGAAGGUGAUAAAGCCUCCUUUGAGGUUCAAGCAGAUACGGAGGUGCUGACGGAGGAGCAGGUUGGUGUAGCGGUGACCACGGUGGGAGCGCCGUUGUCAUGCAGAGCUUUGAUUCUGCGACGGGGCUUGACUCUCGCCGCUAUGGUUUCCAUCCUUGCCGUGGGCAUCGUCGUCUACGUGCUGCUGGGCGGAUAAACUGGGACGUGUCCACUGUUAAAAAAGUUAGGGUGCAGGCUGAACUUCCUUGAGAAGAGGAGCCUAUUUCUUCACCCAUGUUGGGAGACGUGGGGAGAAGGAGAAAGGAGAAAUGUGGGGAGAAGGAUAAAGGAGGAGAGAACCUGGUUCUGCUAGUUAUGAGAAUACAGUUCUAGCAGUGGGGUCAGUUAUUGAUCAUAUUGCAUAUGGACUGUAAGUUCUGAAGUUUAUUUGGUUCCUUUUGGUGUGGGGUAAAGAGACCAAUAUUAAUAUUCCAGACAGAUUUUCACUAGCUUACUCAGCUGUCAACAUGGUGAUGUUUGCGAUAUGCUGAAAUUACAGAUCAUCUAUGAUAUCUGAAUCAGUAAACGCACAUGAUAUAAAAGAUUUUUCUGGUAAAUGACAGCCAAAAAACGCUAAAGAAACUCAUGAGUCACAUCAGUCAAGCGAGAUCAUUAUGAUCUUUGUUUUUCUUUUUUUAAAUAUUGCUGUGAUAACUGAGUACAGAUCACUUAACCAUAAAUCACUGGAAAAUGUACACUUUAAUGAAAUA